UCACUUAUCCUCUUGCUCUCUCACUAAUGCAAUUUGUCUUAAUCAUCACUCUUGGUCUUGGGUGUUUAUAAGGAAACCCAGUUGACACACUUGAGAGUACCUCAUCAUCAUUCAUCAUAGAGUUUCCAAACAAUAGCUGCAAUUUUUUCCUUAUUUUCUCAAACACUACAAGAAUGAAAGAAAUAUGUGGUGCUAAUUUUGGCAAGAGAAUGAUUAAGGCAAAGCCUUAUUUGUUAACUGUGGGGCUGCAGUUUGGGUUUGCAGGAGCAUACAUCAUUUCCAUGGCCAGUAUCAACCAUGGAAUGAAUCGUUUUGUGUUCAUUGUUUAUCGCAAUGUCAUUGCUGCAAUUGCUCUGGCUCCUUUUGCACUGAUUUUUGAAAGGAAAGUUAGGCCAAAGAUGACAAUCUCUGUCUUUAUGCAGAUAAUGGCGCUCGCAUUUUUGGAGCCAGUGAUUGAUCAAGGGUUCACUUUCUUGGGAAUGCAAUAUACUUCAGCAUCCUUUGCAUCUGCUAUGAUGAAUGCUGUGCCCUCCGUCACCUUUGUGCUAGCUUUAAUUCUCAGAUUAGAGCGUGUAAAUCUUAAGCAGAUACAAGGCAUAGCUAAGGUGAUUGGGACGUUGGUUACAUUUGGAGGGGCAUUAGUAAUGACACUUUACAAAGGCCCUCUUAUUAACCUUUUGAGUUCUUCAAAAACAAGCCACCACCAAAAUGGAACUCACUCCCCUCAGAGUCCCAGGCACUGGAUCUCAGGGACUCUCUUUCUGCUCCUUGGUUGUUUGGCUUGGUCAUCCUUCUUCAUUUUACAGUCGGUGACAUUGAAAAGGUAUCCGGCGGAAAUAUCACUGUCCUGCUUGAUAUGCACUAUGGGUGCUUUGCAAGGACUGGUGGUGGCACUGGUGGCGGGGCAUCACUCUGGGGUUGCGGCAUGGGCCAUCGGUUGGGACUUUAGGCUCUAUGGUCCUCUAUACUUGGGAAUAGUUACCUCAGGAAUCACGUAUUAUGUGCAAGGUGUAGUAUUGCAAAGCAGAGACCCAGUAUUCUUAACAGCGUUUAGUCCCCUUUGCAUGAUCAUCACUUCUGCUUUAGGCUACUUCAUUUUGGCAGAGCAACUUCACUUGGGCAGUAUCAUUGGAGCCAUUGUUAUCGUCAUGGGUCUUUAUUUUGUGAUGUGGGGCAAAGGCAAAGAGCAUUCAGACACCAAGUUACAAUCACCUACAACUAAGCAAACAGAGACACAGCAGCUUCCAAUUACCUCAUCUGAUAACUAACAGAAUUAAAUGGCCACAGGAAUUUAUGAAUAUUUUUCCUUUUCUGUCUUAAACAUCUGCACUAGCUAUGUAUAUUCCUUCAUGUAUGCUUUUGCGGUUUUAACAUUAUGAAGUUAAUGGAUUGUAUCAAAUUGCUCAUCAGCCUGUAUCCAUAACUUCUCUAUAAUUCAGAAAGAUAUCUUUGAUGUGAA